UCAGGGAGUUUGUGUUUUGGUCUACUGUGGUGUUGUUGGAGCAGUGUAAAAUCAGAAAUGUAUUUGUGUACGGAAAAAUGUAGCAUACAUUCACUUUCUUAAUACAGCGAACGAGGCAGUUGAAUCGACGGUCCUGCGAUGGGGACGUGCAGAAGUCGCAGUUUUGUUUACAUAUAAGAGUUUUGUUGUUGAUAUGGCUGAUACAACUGAAGCAACAUGGCUGCUGCGAGAGGUGUUUCAUAUUUACUUUUUGUUUUGACGGUAUCACUGUGCACUGGUAAACAGAAUUAUCCUACAAUCAGUCACCUAAAAGAAGAAGGCAUUGACAAUGAUAGUGAGGAACCUAAUGAACCUCCAGAUCAGCUUAUUGGUGACUUUGGGAAUUUUGAGUCGAAGAGACUACGGACAGAUUCUAAGAAGAGAUUCAAAUGUCUUUCUUGUGAACCACCAGAUUGUUCAGGACUGACGGAAUGCCAUGAUGCUCUGCAGUGUUGGAAAUCUCGAGUCCGUGAUUCUGAUGGCGUGGAACGAGUUUCGCGAGGUUGUACAACUGUUCCUGACCAUGUACCUUUCAUUUGUGGAUCAUCUUCGAAGUCUGGCCAUACCAAACGCCACACAGGGGGCCAGUAUGCAAUGGACUGCUGUGAAGGAGACUAUUGUAAUAAUGGCUCUUUUCCAUAUUUAGCAAAUGCAAACUUUGUUGAAAAAGUUCCACAUGAUGUUAGCAACGUAGGUUACAUAGUGAAGCUGGCCCUUGCUAUUCUGGGACCUGUCCUUGCUUUGGGUGCUAUUGGGACAAUAGUUCUCUUCUUGAUGAGGAGAACACAUCGCAAAAGAUUGAUGGCAGCCCGAGCUAUGGCAGACCAUGAUCCAUUCUAUGCAUCAGAUGAAGUUCUCCGAGCAACUGCAGCUGGGGACAGCACGUUGAGGGAAUUUCUUGAUCGCUCAAUGAGCUCUGGUUCAGGAUCCGGUCUCCCUCUUCUUAUCCAGCGAACUUUGGCCAAACAGAUAUCAUUGGCCGAGUGUAUCGGUAAGGGCCGAUAUGGAGAAGUUUGGCGGGGUGUUUGGCAUGGUGAGAAUGUUGCUGUCAAGAUAUUCUUUUCCCGAGACGAGGCAUCAUGGAAUCGAGAAACUGAGAUUUACAGCACUGUCCUUUUGCGACAUGAGAAUAUUCUUGGCUACAUAGGAUCAGAUAUGACCUCAAGGAACUCUUGUACUCAACUUUGGCUGGUGACGCAUUACCAUCCCUUGGGUUCACUUUAUGAUCACCUAAACCGCACUACACUAACUCAUCAUCAGAUGAUGAAAAUUUGUCUUUCUGCCGUUAAUGGAUUAGUUCAUCUCCACACAGAAAUUUUUGGAACUCAGGGAAAACCAGCCAUUGCCCAUCGAGAUAUCAAAAGCAAGAACAUUCUCGUUAAACUGAAUGGCUCGUGUGUGAUAGCAGAUUUUGGGUUGGCUGUAACCCACGUUCAGUCGACAGGAAAGAUGGAUGUAGGCUCCAACCCUCGUGUUGGAACCAAGCGAUACAUGAGUCCUGAAGUAUUAGAUGAAUCGAUCAACUUGGAUUGUUUCGAAUCUUACAAGCGUGUGGACAUUUAUGCAUUUGGUCUUGUUCUAUGGGAGGUCUGCCGACGAACAGUGUCAAAUGGUAUAGCAGAGGACUAUAAACCUCCAUUUUAUGACCUAGUGCCAAGUGAUCCCAGUUUUGAAGAUAUGAAGAAGGUGGUGUGUGUGGAUCAGCAGCGCCCCAUUGUGCCCAAUCGAUGGGCUUCGAAUGCUACACUGAGUGGAAUGGGGAAACUUAUCAAGGAAUGUUGGCACCAGAACCCUAAUGUCCGACUUUCUGCCCUUCGUAUCAAGAAGACUUUGGUAAAACUGGCUUCUUCCGAUGUUCACGUUAACUUGGACCUCGAUUCGUAGUGAUUCUCUACACAUGGCCGUAUGGAGGCCAUAUUUGCUCAGUGUAUUGUUAUGGUGUGAGAAUUUACUUAUUGCCCAUACUUGCCAGUUAAAUGUGUUUCAUUCAUAAACAGGCCAAAUACCAACCUCUCCAAGAUUCUUUGUUCUAAAAGAAAUAAGGAAAUUUGGCAAAGUCAUAAUCAUUGUGAGAUGACUGGUGAUUUUUUUAGUGACAUUCAACAUGAAUGGGAGUGGUGUUAAAAUCAUAUUUUAUUUAAACUCAUAAAGAAGACAUUCUUCAUCAGAAAUUUUGCGAAGAAUCAUAGUUUGUAUAGUGUGCCCAUAAGAGAUGUUGCUGUUGAUGUGUUUGGGGAAAUAAAUUGUUACUGUUGCAGUGGUUCUUUGUUCCAUUUAAGAAUGAACAAAGGUCCACUAAGUACUUGUUCAUGUUUUAUUGGUAUGAAUUAUAAUAAAGUUUACUUUAUUAGUUUUGAAUUGUUUCUGAUAUUAAGUGGCAUAUAUAUGCUGCCAUCAUAUCUGGGGGAUUCCUUCCAAUGGCAAUAUUAUGUGUAAUGUGCCUGAUUUUCUUGCUGCUUGAAAGCAAUGUGAAUUUUGUUCAUAUUGUACUU